UGUUGAUAAUACAGGACCUGACCAUCCAGGCUCUAUGGCUGAGGAGUCUGAAGAUGGUGUUAUGCAGCAUACUUCUAGUGGACCUGAACUUCUGCAGGAAGUGCCAUUUCCAUCAACAAAGAAUCCAGAGGCAUUAGAGCUUCAAAAAGAGGAAAAUUCAACAGGUUCCUCAGAAUCAAUACCAUCAUAUAAACCAGAAGCAAAACCAAAUGAUGCUUUACAACAAUCUCAAGAGGCUGCUACUAUUAGCACUGCCCAUGUUCAAACAAAUGGUACUUCUGAUGGACCUGCAGUUGAGCAGGAUGCCUCACUUACAUCAUCCAGGAAUCCGGAAACAUUGAAGCCUGAAGGAGAGGAAAACACAAUAGGUUCCCCAGAUUCUAUUCCAUCUAAUGCUUCAGAAGUAAAAUUGGAUAAUGCUCUGCAGCUAUCUCAAGAAGGUAGUCCUCUUGGCAGUGUUCCAGGUCCUCAAGAUGUAACUAUACGUUCCACUUCAUCCCCUAAAGCAAGAGAAUCUGAUGAUGACCAUCAUGUAGUGUUAUCCAACAAGGGUGCUCAGCCUCUAGUCACGGAUUCUACUGUUACCAUUGAGGCACCAGAACUCAUUGAUCAUACCAAACAUUUGAAAAAGGUCGCCAUAAACAGAGGUCAAAUUGAUACAGCAGCACCUUUUGAAUCCGUUAAAGCAGCCGUUUCUAUGUUUGGGGGGAUUGUUGACUGGAAGGCCCAUAGAGUACAGACAGUGGAGAGACGCAAAUUUGUAGAACAGGAACUUGAGAAAGUGCGGGAGGAAAUUCCAUUGCAUAAGAAACAGUCUGAGGCUGCUGAAGAUGCAAAAAUGCAAGUUUUAAAGGAGCUAGAGAGCACUAAGAGGCUCAUAGAAGAAUUGAAACUCAAUCUGGAGAGAGCACAAACUGAAGAGCAUCAAGCAAAGCAAGAUUCUGAACUUGCCAAGCUCAGGGUGGAAGAGAUGGAACAAGGGAUUGCUGAUGAGGCUAGCGUUGCAGCCAAGGCACAGCUUGAGGUUGCCAAAGCAAGGCAUGCAGCUGCAAUAUCAGAGCUGAAAAGCGUGAAAGAUGAAUUGUCAGAACUUCGUAAAGAUUAUGCUUUAUUGGUGUCGGAGAAAGAUACAGCUGUGAAGAAAGCUGAGAAGGCCAUUUCUGCAUCAAAGGAAGUUGACAAGACAGUAGAGGAUUUGACCAUUGAGCUGAUAACCACAAAGGAGGCCUUGGAGUCUGCACAUGCUGCUCAUCUGGAGGCAGAGGAACACAGAAUUGGGGCUGCUAUGGCAAGGGAGCAAGAUACUCUUAAUUGGGAGAAGGAAUUGAAGCAGGCAGAAGAGGAGUUAGAGACACUAAACCAGCAAAUUUUGUCAUCUAAGGAUCUCAAAUCGAAGUUAGAUACCGCUUCAGGCUUGCUCCAGGAUUUAAAAGUUGAAUUGGCAGCUUAUAUGGAAUCGAAAUUGCUGCAGGAAACUGAUGGACAGUCAACAGGUGAGCUGGAGGAAUCGGAGAAGAAAACUCAUGCCGAUAUACAAGCAGCAGUUGCUUCAGCCAAGAAGGAGCUUGAAGAAGUGAAGAGCAACAUUGAGAAGGCAAUAGCUGAAGUAAAUUACUUGAAGGUUGCCUCCACGUCAUUGAAGUCAGAGCUGGAAAAAGAAAAAUCAUCUCUUGCUACCAUUAGGCAGAGAGAAGGAAUGGCAUCAAUUGCAGUUGUAUCUCUUGAAGCUGAGUUGGACAGGACUAAGUCAGAGAUCGCACUUGUUCAGAUGAGAGAGAAAGAAGCAAGAGGGAAGAUGGUGGAGCUUCCCAAACAAUUACAAGAGGCAGCUCAAGAGGCAGAUCAGGCAAAGUUACUUGCUCAAAUGGCUCGUGAAGAGCUAAGAAAGGCAAAGGAGGAAGCAGAGCAAGCAAAAGCUGGAGCAAGUACCAUGGAAAGUAGACUACUUGCAGCUCAAAAGGAGAUAGAAGCUGCAAAGGCUUCCGAGAAGUUGGCACUAGCAGCUAUCAACGCACUGCAAGAGAGUGAAUCAGCUCGAACUACCAAUGAUGAGGAUUCACCAACAGGAGUAACACUUUCUUUAGAGGAGUAUUACAAGCUCAGCAAGCAGGCCCAUGAAGCGGAGGAGCAGGCCAACAUAAGGGUGGCUGCUGCCAUAUCCCAAAUCGAGGUGGCCAAGGAGUCUGAGUUGAAAAGCUUGAAUAAGUUAGAGGAAGUGAAUCGUGAGAUGGCCAUGAGAAAGGAAGUGUUGGAAAUCGCACUGCAAAAGGCUGAGAAGGCCCAGGAAGGGAAGUUGGGUGUGGAACAGGAGUUAAGAAAGUGGAGGGCUGAACACGAGCAACGGAGAAAAGCUGGUGAAUCCGUUCAAGUAGUAGUAAACCCAGCUAAGAGCCCAAGAACUAGCGUUGAGGACAGAAAAGAAUCGAAGAAUUUUGACCAGGCACCAGAUGCCAGCGGAACUCUGCAUCAUAGAUCGAGCCCAAAGGCAUAUAUGCCUGGAAGCAACACUGAAACUGAGUCUUCCCCAGAAUUGAAGGUUACAAAGAAAAAGAGGAGAUCAUUUUUCCCACGAAUUUUCAUGUUCUUGGCCAGAAAGAAGGCACAGGCAUCCAAGACAGCAUAAUACUCUGUUCAUACUUCUACGUCAUUGUUGUUGUUGUUGUUGUUGUUG